GAUUAUCAUUUAUCACCAGGCUUAAAUUUGUUUCCAAAAUUUGGAACGAAAAGCAAAAACAUUUUUGAGUUUAAAAAAAGAAAAGUCUCGGGCCGCGGCCCCCACUUCAGCUAUGAAAAUUUCGCGCCAUUUCUUGUCUCUCCCUCCAUAACCUCCUCGAUCCCCCCAGGAUUAGCUUGGCGGCUGAAGCAAACAAAUCCGCCCUCUCAAAUUCCCCCAAUAACUAUAGAUUCUGAAGAGCAAUGGGGAUUCAGGGGCUAUUGCCGCUGCUCAAAUCCAUCAUGGUUCCGAUCCAUAUCAAGGAUUUGGAGGGUUCUUCUGUGGCGGUCGACACCUACUCUUGGCUCCACAAAGGCGCUUUCUCCUGCAGCAAAGAGCUCUGCAAUGCCAUACCCACCUCCAAGCACAUAGAUUAUUGUAUGCACAGAAUAAAUCUACUACGGCACUACGGAGUAAAACCUGUUCUUGUCUUUGAUGGAGGUCUUCUUCCAAUGAAGAACGAGCAAGAAAUCAAGCGGGCGAGGUCGAGAAAAGAAAAUCUUGCCCGUGCAAGAGAACAUGAGAAAUCUGGCAAUUCUGCUGCUGCCUUUGAGUGUUACCAGAAGGCCGUUGAUAUAACACCCUCAAUUGCCCAUGGACUAAUUCAAGUGUUAAAGCGAGAGAAUAUAUCCUAUGUUGUGGCACCUUAUGAGGCAGAUGCUCAAAUGACUUUCUUGGCCAUUAGUAAUCAGGUUGAUGCAGUUCUUACUGAGGACUCUGAUCUAAUUCCAUUUGGCUGUCCAAGGAUUAUCUUUAAAAUGGACAAAUUUGGACAAGGAGUCGAAUUUCGAUACGAAAUGUUACAAAAGAACAGGGACUUGAGUCUUGCUGGAUUUACAAAACAGAUGAUUCUUGAAAUGUGCAUUUUGAGCGGUUGUGAUUAUUUGCAGUCAUUGCCAGGAAUGGGACUUAAAAGAGCUCACGCACUUAUCAAGAAAUUUGUAAGUUACGAUAAGGUGAUUAGACAUUUGAGGUACAGCACAGUUUCAGUUCCUCAUCUUUAUGAAGAAUCAUUCAAGAAAGCAAUGUUGACUUUUCAGCAUCAACGGAUCUACGAUCCUAUCACCGAAGAUAUUGUACAUCUCUCUCGAAUAUCCAAUGAUAUGGGAGAUGACUUGGACUUCUUGGGCCCAUCGAUACCGCAACAUAUAGCUAAAGGUAUAGCAGAGGGAGAGAUUGAUCCAUGUACUAAAUUACCAUUCCAGGAGCAGAAUAUCAAUACUGGAGUGGUGCAGGAAAAACCUUACAAAUUAAAAGAAUUUAACGCUGGAAGUGUAAAGAAAAAGCUGGAUUUACCAGUGCAGAAGAAUGUCCUGACGAAAUACUUCUGUUUUGCCUCUCUUGAGGCCAAGAGAAAAUUUAGGGCACCAAAGCUAUCAGCUAAUCACCCAAACUCCAGGGAUGACUACUCAGUUUGUCCCGAGGAGCGGGUUGGUUGCGAAGAUAGCUGCCUGCCGGCAUCUACUACUCAUCACUCUGUACAUGCAGAGGGUUGUCUAUCUACUUAUCCUGUAAGAAAUGAUAAUGCAGCAGGAUGUCCUCUUUCUGAUUCUUCCAGUGAGGGCAAGGAUAUGGUAAAUAACACAGAAGAAGAGGAGCAUAUUUUACUGCAGCAGCCCACUCAAUCAAUUCAUAAGCCUUGUAUAACUCUGCAUAAGGAACCCGAUUGUGAGAUCCUUCCUGAUACGAUGGGAGAAAAAGUGAGGAAAGAGAAUAAAAGAAUCAUUGUAAGGAGUUCUUACUUUAAGCACAAGUCAGAAAGCAAUGAUGAACAGGAGAGCAACCAAAAACUCUCUGACCAGAAUAAUGCAACUGUUGAUAUGCACGAAACGACCACUUCCGAGGUUGCCUCUUUUACGAGUAACUCUUACGACAGUUCAAUCACAAAAAGGAAAGCCUCCCCCAAUGAAAACAUUCAAAUAGACAAUAUGAAAACUAAGCAUUUGUGUAAGGAUACGUUGCACCCUUAUCAUGAUGAAACAGUUUUGAAGACAAAAACCGAAGAAGGGAAAUUUGGAUCCAAUAUUUCUCAUUUAAGUCAUUACUCAGACAUAGCAGAGAAAUCAAUGGAACAAUUUGUUUCCGUAAUAUCAUCAUUUCGAUUCUCGUCCGGGUCUCGAGCCAGUGGUCUCCGUGCCCCGUUGAGAGAUGUUCAGAACACCAAUACCAAUAGGUCUGCUGCUACUGCAAUGGACCUCAGCCAAUUUGCUUACGUACCAAAUAAGCACAGGGCUCCCUUGCGGUUCCGAAAAGGCCGAAGUUGAUCAGUAUUUAAGCAUAUCUUUUCGGUUGCAUGAGAAGGCAUGACUCCAUCCAUUUUAUUUUAUUGAAUGUGAGUAUGAACAUUCUCAUUGAUUCUUGCUACUCACCUGCUACUUGUAUUUCUAGAUUUAUCUGUUUGGUUUUAUUUUAGAGCCAAACAAGAGUUCACAAAUGGUUCAUCUUCGACUGCUCGGAGUGUUUCGGCUACGUUGUAACCUGCAGCCUAUCCCUGCUUCAUGUCUGAUCUGUAAGUCUAAAUGUUUCCUAAUCAACCAUAUUCUUGAAAUUUCAGGCACGUGAAUAUAGUUACUGUCACCAUUGCUUCAGAUCCUUGUUGGAAUGUUCUUGAAAUGUUCCUUGUUGGAUCUGGAUUUGUUUCAUCAAUGGCAUGCACAUGUAAUUACAAAAACAAUUGAAGUGAUAUAUGACAAGUGAUGCGUUUGAUUCAACUCCUGAAGUUUCAUGCAUCUGAACAGUUGGUUUCUUUUUGCUUUUGUUUUCUUUCUAGAAAGGAAGUGUUCGUUCCCUUUUUCUUCAAAAGAAACUAAACACAUUUUUAUGUCUAUGUUAUUUUGUCAAUA